UUUUGUGUCUGAGGCUGCUGCAUUUGGGCUCAUUCUCAUUUUCUGUAGCCAAAGACUUUGCUGCCCCACUAUUAUUGCAGUACCUUCCAUCCCAUUAUAGAAUUACACCAGUGAAAGUUUUUGCUCGAGCUGUUUGGCAGGGUACUAUGCAAACCACAAAGUUACAGCUAUUGAAAUAAAAGCAUGUGGGAGAAAGGAGGCGAAGCAGUUAAGGAGGUUAUUGGUUCAUACAGUAGUCUGGAGCAUGCAGGGCCUGUCUUUUGAUCCUUACUUGUCCAUAAUUUCUUCCCAGUCUGAUUUUGGUUUCUGAGAUUCCUCGUACAGUCCGCAGAGAUGAAGAAGCACCUUCUCUAAAUAUGGGUUGUGUUGUGCAGCUUCCAGAUGGGAACAGAACUUUCAUGAAAGCCUUAUUCCUGGGCUCAAAGGAAGAUACUCGAAAGCAGGACUCUUAGUCAUAAUCAAGUCAGUUUAACCUAUAGGUGAAAUAACACUGCUAUUGCAUACAGAACACACAAAAAAAGUUUCUUUUUAAUGCUGUCUGGUGGUAUUGUACACUUUGUGCAAUCUCAUUUAAUGUAAUCCUAUUCUUUGGAUUUUCCCAAUUACACUUUAAAGACCAUUUGUUCAUUUUUAGUCCCUUGGCAGUUAAAAUCAGUUUUGAACUAAUUUUUACAUAUUUUUCUUUCAAGAGCGCUGUUAAUGUACUAAACCCCAUACUGCGUAGAAAGUACAUUUGUUUUUCCUUUAAAUUUUCCUUUGAUUUCUAUUGAAUGUUAAAUAAAAGAACUCCAAGUUAUAUACAACGUUUCUUGUCUGAAGCAUGUUAUUUAACAGCAUAUUUCUUCUUAAACUGUAAAAGAGGUGAGGUCUGGUUUAUUUUUCAUUUUUUUUAAACAAGGUGAGUAAAGUAGGGAUUUGGAUUUUAGUAAAACCGUAACUCAGAUGUGAUUCUUAGUAUUGUAAGCCACGAAGUGAAGGAAGGUGGAACUUCAGUCAUAAUUUUUAGAUGCAUUAAAGCUGUGAAGAUAACAAAGCACAUAGAAUUGUAUGUUCCAAGGCAGGUUAACAGAAGUGUGUUUUAGAGAAACUUGAGAUCCUGUGGUGUCUCCAGAGGCUGUAGUGCUUAAGCUAAAAGUCUUGUUUCAUUGUAGUAAAUGAAAACAUGCAUGAAUGCCCCGUCCUUCAAAUCAGUGUGCAGCAGUCUUGCCCUUUCUGUACCUAGAUGAGAAUAUGCCGGUGAAGAAGGGAAUAGGCAGAAUUUGGUUUAAGUGCACCCAGCACUUUCUAAAUUCCUGAAUGCAUAGUUAGAAAACAACAUGACCCCUUCUAAUAGGUAACUCUUCAGCAUUAAGGUUGAAAAUAGAGCAGUAAGUAUGGAUCAGAUGAGCGAAACUGUUAAGCAUGUCUCACUUCCAUUUAAUUUUUUUUUAAGUAAUUGGCGUUCAUCUACGAUUUCUGUUGUGUAUUGAGAGACGUGAGUAAAACAGCCUUUGAGUGGGAAAGGAUAUCAAGAGUGAAUGCAUUUAGAAAUAUUUUCACUGAAGGCUUUUUAUCAGUUUAUCUACUUAAACUUUCCUAAACUGGAAAAAGCUGCAGCAGGGUGGAAGGGUUGGGGGAUAGAAGGAGGGGAACAAAUAUCAAGGGUUUUUCUGGUAACUUAAUGUAAAGUAAUUUAUGUGGGUGUAACCUGGAUUGUAAGUGUUUCCUUUACUGCUCCCUUCUCUCCUCAGUGGCUACAGUGAUGUAGCUAGUUACUUGGGUUACUGGUGACCCUGCUAAAACUGUAGACAAACACCUCAAUAAAUCUCUGCAUCAAGUGUAGUUUGUCUAGGCCUUGUGAGGCCAUUUGAGGUUUAGUAUUAAUGUCUGCUUGCAUAAAGAGCAAGAAAGAAGGCGGAAAUUUGUUUUUACUACAAUUUAAUCUUUUGUAGUUUUUGUUCAAAUGUCUCAAAUAGAGUGACUUCACCACUAUCACCACCCCCCAAAAAAACACCCCUGCUGCUGAAGACGUAGAAUUGAACUACUGCCGAAGUGGAAACAGAAAUUGAAAGGAAAAAAGGAAGAAAAAAAAAGAACUGUGAAGGGGAUGAAUAGGAUGAAUGGAAAUAUCUGCUUUUUUUUUUUUUUAAUGGGUUUUCUCUUGAAAAGCAAAGAUCAAAAUACUGGAGUUAAUAUGGCAAUAAGCAAGACUAGGGGAAUCCAGAAAUGAAUUUGAUGUAGAGGAUACCAAAUCUAUCAGAAACAUUUUAAUACAGUAAUGUAACCUGUGCACAUACUGCUGUUCUUUCCCAGCUGUUUAGUAAUUAUCUCUCCAACUUCAGACCUGCCAAGUGAUGUGUUUGAAAAUGGUACUCAAAUGUCAGCUUCAUUUUAUCACAUGUAAUCUUCUUGGAUGUUCUCCUAGCACUUAGACUGGGUCAUUUGUUGAAAAUAUGCUUGCAGUCUCAGUUGUGAGGUGCUGCUUACGGUGUUCCUGCUUCUAGCGCUUCUUCAGUGGGGCUGUAAAAGUGUUGUUCGUUGCCUUUACCCUCUCUGCAAUUCUCCUGCUUCCUGGGAGCCCUCCUUAUCAGGCAAGCCCAUUGGCAGUGAUGAUUUGCUUUACCAAAUGACUCCUGUCUCAAGCACUUUCUUUCUCAGAGAGAAUCUUAUUUUUAUAAAAGCUCAAGUCCUGCCUGCAGCAAGAUGGUCACAUGUUUAUUUGCUGGAUAUUUCUCCUGUCAAAGCCUUUAACCUGGGUCAACACCUGGGCUACUAUUGUACCAGGACUCCUGCAGUUCACUUUGAUCUGAAGAUCUCCCUUGACACUACCAUGGGUAGCUGUGUAGAUGAAGCAACAGAUAACAUUGCAGUAGUCAGGUGAACUGUAAAAUCUUUCAGCAACAUCCUUAGGUUUGGGCCCUGGGCAAGCAGCAGACCUUGGGAGAUGUCUGUCCGACGUGUGGAAGUCUUCAUCCCACACCCAAAGAAGUCUGCAGUGCCUACCAGCUAUUGCUUCCUCUUAGUGGCAUUGGUUGCGGACACGUGGGUUGGAUUUAAAUGCCAAACCAAGCAGAACUUGUUCCUCCUCCCUGUCCCCUCAUCUCUGUGCAUUUUCAGCACCUCUUCCUGUUGCUUGAAGUCACAGUUCAAGCCUGCCUUGUCCUGGAAGUCCUUAUCCUAGCAGGAAGGCAGCAGAUUUGGCAGAGGGUGAUCAUAAGGGUGGGAGGAACUGCUUGAAGGGGAAGUUGACAACUUUGUUUGGGAAAGCAAACUAUGGGAAUAUUCUUCUGUAAAAACACUAGCAGUAUCAUAAACUUCUGCUCAUGAAAACUGUUGUGGAAGCCCGGCUUGGAUCAUGAAGGGUGUCAAAUAGUGAGUAGAACUGAUACUCUUUUUAGAUGAAGAUACAAAAUGUCAAGUAACAAAUCCCUUAGAGGUAGAUGGAAUUAAACUGACAUACUGAGGUAUUGCAAGAUAAUAAAGCACUGCACUUCUCUUCAGUUUGGAGUCACAUGGUGUCUAGAAUAAAUUAGCAGUAGUUGCAUAAGGCAGUUUGAAGUUAGGGAAACAAUCAGCCACCAAGAGAUGGAUGUGCAAAUACCUGUAAAAUGAACAUGUAACAGGUUUUUGUUUGCUUUUUGAUUACUUGGUGAUAUACAGGUGUGUAAGCAAAGUAUAUCUCUGACUGGUGUGUACAGGCCCUUCAGUUUCUGAAGACUGCUAAAACUGCUUUCAUUUCCAAUAAGAUUUUGUUGAAAAUCCUGAUAUGAAAUGGUUACACUUUACAAGAUGGUGCUGGUAGAUACUCAGUGUCAGCUGCAUGAGAAACCAAAAUGUAUCUCUUUCUGUUUAGACUAAAUUGAAACUUUCAUAAAUAGGAACCUGGACAAGCUUAAGAAGUGGGCCUAUGUCAACCUAAUGAGGUCCUACAAGGCCAAGUGCAAUGUGUUGUGUUUUGGUCAAGGCAAUCUCAGAUAUGUAUACAGACUGGGAGAAGAACUCCCUUAAAUCCUACUGAAAAGCAGUGGAGAGCUGCCUGAAGUGGAAGAAGUAUGUAUCUCUUCUGAGAGAAUUUUGAAGUAAGGCCUGGGAAAAGACUAUGUUGUGAUGUUUGUGGGUGGCACCAAUCUGUGUGGUUCAGUUACACAGCUGAGAGAUGGGAUACCAUCUGGAAUGACCUAGGCAAGCUUCAGUAGUGGGCUCAUGAGAAUUUCAUGAGGUUCAGCAAAGCCAAGUGCAAGGUCUCGCAUCUGGGUUGCAGCAACCCCCACUAUCUGUACAAGAUGGGAUAUGAAAUGAGAGUCCAGCCCUGACAAAAAGGACUUGGGGUACUGAUGGACGGGAAGCUGGACGUGUGUCAGCAAUGUGCCAUUGCAGCCCAGAAAGCCAACUGUAUCCUGGGCUGCACUGAAAGAAGCACGGCCAGCAGGGAGAGUGAGGUGAUCCUGCCCCUCUGCUCUGUGCUGGUGAGACCUCACCUGGAGUACUGCAUCUAGAUGUGGAGUCCUCAGUAUAGGAGAGAUGUGGACCUGUUAGGGCUUGUCAAGAGGAUGGCCACAAAAAGGCUCCAAGAGAUGGAACACCUCUCCUACAAGGACAGACUGAGAGAGCUGGGGCUGUUCAGCCUGGAGAAGAGAAAGCUCUGGAGAGGACCUGAGUGCAGCCUUUCAGUACCUUAAGGGAGGCUGCAAGUAAGAGGACAGACUCUUGAGCAGGAUCUGUGGUGAUAGGAAAAAAGGAAAAUGUUUCAAUCUAAAACGGGAGAUUUAGACUGGAUAUAAGGAAGAAGGUUUUUUUAUGAAGCUUUGGAGCAGAUUGCCUGGAGAUGUGGUGGCUGCCCCAUCCUUGGAGACAUUCAAGGUCAGGCUGGACUGGGCUCUGAGCAACCCGAUUUAACUGUUGAUGUCCCUGUUUGCUGCAGCGAAGUUGGACUAGCUGACCUUCAAAGGUGCCUUCCAACUCAGUUGAUUCUAUGAUUCUAAGUCAGACAGGUAAACUUUGAGAGAAAGCAUCCAGUAUUCAUGAGAGGUGGAAAACAAACGAUCACACUGAAUCAAACUUGUGACUACAUGGGGAGGUUCUAAGGAGGUCUGGCAAGAGAAGUACCAUCUUAGGUGGGUAGGAUGAAGCAACAUUUGGUAAACCAAGACUGAAGUGGGUUGGUGCCUCCUUUGUUCAGGAUAGGGAGGAAAAAAAAAAUCAAGCUACUAACUACUGUCCAUAGUACAAUCUGCGUGGAAGUCUGUCAGAAGUUUUCUUAAGGAAGAGCACAGUUUUGCAGAGCUGGGUUUCGUGUCCUCGUGGUUUUUGCGUAGGCAGGAGCAGGUACUGGGGAAGCAGAUAUGUGUAACAAAUAACAUGCUGCACACCCCUGGGGGGGAAAGAAGGUAGGUGUCAAAAAGAAAAGUUUUUGGGUGCUGGCAUGAGUUGUAACAAAUUUCCUGGUGUUCUAUUUACAGCAUACUAAAACGUGAGCGUUAGUAUUUGUUCUUCUGGAAUAAGCACAACUGUUUCCAAGCAACACUUUACUCCAGUGAGCUGUGACUUGCAAGCACCUGAAGGUUUUGAAAGUAUUUUAGAAGGGCUUUAUGGACCAAGGCUACGAAGAGACCUCAGUUUAUUUGAAGACUGUGAGCCAGAAGAGCUAACUGACUGGUCUAUGGAUGAGAAAUGUUCCUUUUGUAAUUUACACAAAGAAACAGUCAGUGAUCGUGCAUCAGUUAUCGGUUCUUCACAGUCAACGCCUACAGAGGAACUUUCAUCUCAGGGCCAGUCCAACACUGAUAAGAUUGAAUGCCAAGCAGAAAACUAUCUAAAUGCACUCUUUCGAAAGAAAGAUCUUCCUCAGAACUGUGAUCCUAACAUUCCCCUAGUUGCUCAGGAAUUAAUGAAAAAAAUGAUCCGCCAGUUUGCAAUUGAGUACAUUUCAAAAAGUAGCAAAAUUCAAGAGAACAGAAAUGGUUCAUCAUUUGAGCCGGGUCUGAUAUGUAAAAGUAUCCAAAUGAACCAAACAGAAAACUCCCUUCAGGAAGAGCAGGAUAGCCCUCUAGACCUCACUGUGAAUCGAACUCAAGAACAGAAUACUCAGCAAGGGGAUGGAGUGCUAGAUCUCUCUACAAAGAAAAGCGCAAGGUUGGAAGAACCAAAAUACGAUCCCUUGUGUUCUGAAAACUCGGUGUCUGGUUCAAGCUCAACAGCUGAUGCAAAUUCAGAGGAAACUACUAGUUUGGAAAAAGGAAAAUCAGCAUUAAACAAAGUUUUGGAGUCUUUUUGUUCAUAUCACUGGCAACAGACUUUGGCUAUGUUAAAAUUUUUAAUGCAAGAUGAAAAUGUUUCUAUAGUUUGCAGUUGCAAACAAACACAUUCAGGCCACUCUGAAACUCCCAGUUUCCUUACUGAAGAAGAUGUUCACAUUUCAUUUUGCAAUUGCAAUGGACAUAUGCUAACAAAAAGGUGCUGUUUACAAAAUCAAAUACCAAACACUUGUUUAUCACCUCUGCCUUUUUGUAUUAAAGAUUUCCAUUCUUUAUCAUGCCAAGCUGUAGCGAUUGGAUGUAUUAAGACAAUGGUGAACAAAGCAUGUAGUUCUCAUAAAUACUGUGCUGAACAAUUGCAAAAUUCUACCAAGCAUUCUGUGAAAGCAGUAGCAUGUGCAUCUUCAAUUAAGGACUGUGAUCUGUUAAACAGCAUUAAAAAUUCAAAUAGAUCUCGCAGCCCAUCACCGCCACCACUGUCACCUGUACAGAAUAAAGAAUUUGAGACAGUGGAAGGAUCAAUUAUGGAUUUUCCAAUUUUAGACAAUAACAAGCCUGAAAUAUCCGUCAACCAGCCUCCAUACCUCUUGCCAGCUGAAGGAAGCAAUGGAGAAUUUGAAUAUGAAGGCAAAACGUGUGGAGGAAAAGUGACUGAAUAUUCAGUUGGAACAUUGCAAUCAACAGAUGAAGAGGACAACAAUUAUACAAAUUCUGAGAAAACAGAGAAAGGUGAACAUUAUGCCAUUUUCCAAGAUUUAAUGGACCGUAUUAAUGAAAAGUUAAAAUCAAUAGACACUACAGAUAUAGCAGCAAAUCUUGUAAAAUUUUCUAGCAGUGACAGGGCACCAGAAAAUGAUGUAAAAUUAGGAGACUUUAUAACCUCCCUUUUGCAUAAUGCUAAGGCAAGUGAUUAUAGUUUUAUGGAAUUACUUCACCAACAUGAUAAGCAAAUGGAAAAUAAAAUAAUCCAAACAAGAUUUCGGAAGCGUCAGGAAACUUUAUUUGCAAUGUAUAACUCUCCUGAUUCACCAUACAUUCGACGACAGUCUUUGCAAAUCAAGAGGCAGCUUGCAAGCCUUGAUGAAACACUUGUAAGAAAAAAGUCAGUUUCUGAGAGAAAUGCAAAGAAAUCUGCGAAGAAUUUUGAUAAGAUAUACCCAAACAAAAGGCACAGGUUAACUGUGAUAGAAGAUAAAGCUUUGCAAUGUCUUGAAAGUAAUCCUUGUAUGAAUUGCCAUACCAAACAAGUAUGUUUUCCAGUACACCAAACAGAGUCUUUCAAACUACCUCUUGCUAAUUUUCAAACCAGCUCUGACUUUCUAGUUCUUUCAGAAGACAGUGCUUUUUCAGCCAACCAGGCUGCAUUUGCAAAAACACAAGGAGAUUUUGCGACCCUAAAAGAGACUGAUCAGAUUCCUCUGAAUGGGGAAAGUAAUGGAACCCUGGGCAGAACUAAGCACAACGUUGUGCCUCCUGGAUGGUACUCUGUAUAUGUAACAAACAAUAUUGUAUUCAGAAAAUCAUCUGAUGCAAAAAAGUCUCUAGAAUGUUUGGGAAAAAUGAAAAUAAAUGAAGAUGUCCAUGCCGAAAGAUGCAGUGACAUAAAUAUAAGCAAAAUUGUGAGAGACACAAAUCUGCAAGUUGUCGUAGAGCGUUUAGAAGAUACAAUAAACUUAGCUAAAAAGGCUAACAGCUCAUGGUUGAAUAGUUACAAAAUAAGCCAAAAAGUAAAAGACAAUGCUUAUGAACAGGUUGUGAACCCACUUGCUAGAGGAGACUUCCCUUUCAGCAUGAGUGAAACGGGAUGCACAGGGCAGAGCUUCCUUCCACAUUCACAUUUGUCAAACAGCAAUAAAAACAAAACUGUGUGUGUGACAACAAGCAAGCAAGAAAUGGUUAUAGAUCAAGAAAUUAAUGACAGCCUUUUGAAGUCUCUGAUCAUGGAUUCACCUGGUUCUACAUCCAGCAACGAGGCCUUGCAUACAACUUCUGAAGCUAGAGAGAUACCAUCUCCCUUAAGCUACUCAAGUCCUGUUAAGCUUAUGUUUGUCUCAGAGGUUAAUAGUAGUGAAGGAGUCAAAUAUACUUUGACAUCUGCAACUACAUCUUCCAAAGGAAGCACAGAUAUCUGUUCAUUUCAGGGGUACGCAAACACUGUGUUAGACAAACAGACCACAGAGAAUCUUUCUCAUGCAAUCUGUGUCAGUGAUUUUGAAAACAAUACCAAGGAGGAAUCAAGCUGUGUUUGUGCAGAAGCAAUUACAAGCUCUUGUGCAGUUAGUCAAACUAACUUAAAUGACUCAAAACAAAAUGAAGUUGUGGAGAAAUCAAGCAAUAGUGGUGAAUCUGUUUUGAAAAGAAAGCCUGGUAGACCAAAGAAAAUAGGUCCUCAAGUUGUUAAGCAGGUUAAGAGACCUAUUGGUCGGCCUCCAAAACCAAAAGUAGAUAUAACUGAAAGUACAGAAUGUAGAGCUGAACUUAACAGUGAUGGUAAAAGUACAAAAUCUGAUGCAUCAGUAAUGGAAGAAGUUAACAGCAACAAAAAUAUUACUGUAACGGUUGUUUUUGGAAGGUCAAGAAGAACUAAAAGACAUGUUUCUGAAGGUAAUCUAAACGUAAUCAGCACUCUUCCCAGAAAACAUGUUGACUUCAGUUUUGCCAGUGACCACAGCAAAAUGAAGCAUAGCACAGAAACUGAAAAUGCUUUGACUGAAAUAGUAAAAGCCUUACAGAAUUCUUCUACUGAAAAUGAGGUCUCUGGUUAUGACUAUGUUAGACCUAUCAAGAGUAACGUAGCAUCACCACAUCCUUGCGGCAAUAUUAUACGGCCAGUUAAGAAACCGUUAACUACCAUUCGAAAACCUGGUCGGCCAGCAAAAGUGAAAAUCUCUGGCAUAUCUGUGACUGUUAAUAGAGUUUCACCUCAGGAAAGAAAAGUGAGCAUUAGCAACUGUUUGCCUCCUUUACAGCAGCAGAACUUGUUAGAAAAAAACAUACCACAGGAGAGAAACAAUCAACUGUGCAAUAAUACGAGUCAAGUAAAGAGUAUGCUGAAAGAUUCUAGAGAAGAUGGAUCAAACAAUGUUACUACAACAGUGUCGAGAAAACGUGAAAUUCCAUUGAGACAUUCUGUUAGAGACAGAAAGCCCUCAUUGCAUUUCUUACAUUCAUUAGCAUCCUCUAGUGCAUUUACUUGUAGAAGUGCCUUGCUGCAUAAAUCUUACAAACUCCAUCUGAGAAAAGCUAAAGAUCAAAAGGAAAAAUGUAGGCAAUCAAAUCAGAGCAUAACAUCCAGAGAUACCUCAGAAAUGAGAAAUUUAGGAAAUUCAAGAAAGAAUCUUAAGGAUGGUGAUUUUCGGACCAUUAAUGAUGUAUCAUCAGAUCCCAUUUUUUCAUCAAAGCCUUCUCUCAGGUGGUGGGCUACUUCCGCUUCAAGUGACACUUUGAUGGAAGAACUGAAUAAUAGAUUUGAACAGAUAACUAAUACCUGGUUGCGAGUGGGGGGAAACGAGUUUGAUAAAUGUGUGUGUGAAAACAGGGAUCCCACUGAACAAGACUGUAGCAGUGAAAUGUCAAACCCUUUAGACUCCUGCCUUGUAGAAAUUGAAACAUCACCUAUAAGAAUGCUUUUUCAGAAAAAGUGUAACAUGAAUGAACUCUGCACCUGGUUUAUGCAAACUACAGAAACACAGUCUCUCUCUCUAGUGAGAAAGGCAAAUGCUCGCAAUCCAUUAGAAGUAGUUAGUACUAGAGAGAUAAAGAUGGAAACUAAGCAAGCUGAUCUUAGUACUUGCCUUUUCAGAAAGCACUUUAAAAAGUUUGCACUAUCCUCUCCUUCAAAACCAGCAGGGAAAUUACAAAUAUUACAUAAUAUGGUGAGGUCUCCAGUCUUAAGCAUGAAAAGUAAUUUCACAUUAGCCAGAUUAAAAAGAAAUGAAUUUAAAAAGUUGCAGCAUGAUAGGUGGGGACAAACCAAAAAUAAGCUGUAUAGCCAGGCUCCUGGAGGCUGGAAAUCAAAAAAGAAAAAUUUGCAGUUUUUUUGCCAAAGCCAGUUGUUUAAAAGUACAAGUGGGGAAAGCAGUGAUGGAAUGCCUGUGCUCCAGGAAAAAAAUACUGGAGAUAUCCAGCCCACUCAAACUUUGGUAGACUCUCAGAGUAGCCCCUUGCCAACUGAAAAUGAAGCCAGAGAUGCAUUUGUUCAACAGAUGAUGGGAUCUUCUGACUUUAACCCACAUCCCGGUUUAGCAAAUAUACUUAAGUCACAUGCAGAGACAAAUGGAACAAUUUGUUGCCAACAAAAUGUUAGAAAAGGACAAAGCCAAGAUAAACUGUUUCCAAAUACAUGGAAAGCCAAAACCUUUAAAGAUUGUAGAAUAUUUCUGAGAAAAAUCAACCAUAUUGAGAAGCACAAUUCAUUUAAGUUAAAUAAUGUCAUUUAUUCUCCUGAAGCUGUUGAAAGUAAAAGCCAUCAGGCCUAUUUGGAAGAAAAAAGACAUCCUCUUUUAAGGUCCCAUUCUACUAAGCAGAAUGCAUUAAAGAAACAAGAGAAUGAAAUGGAAACACCUAAAGGAUCUAAUUCUUCUAAAGUGACUGAAAGACUGGAUGACCAGUUUCACAGCAGAGAAUUAAGUAGUGGUGUAAACCAUGAUGAUAAUCCUGCUGGUAGUUCUGAAGUUCUUAUCAGAAUAAACAAAAGAAAAAGUCCACAAUGGGAGACCACUGAUACAAAUGUAAGAAAAAGGCAUAAGAGACAAUCAUACAAUAGUGGACAAAUGGCAACCUAUUACCCAAAGUGCCAAGUAGGUAAGUUCCUCUUCCCCCCCUCACCUUAAAAUGCAGUCUUAAAUAAUUAGAGAGGUCAAGCAACUAAGCACUUUGGAUAUAUUUUUUUAUGGUAUUCCUAUUAAUUUCAGAGUAGUAAUGAAAUUCAACAUAGCAGAAUAAUUCAGAAAUGCAGGUUCAACACAUAUAAAAUAUUUUCCACUAAUUUUUCAGUCAUAAUAGGUUUGUUACAUUCAUUUAUGGCUAUAGCAUGGCAAGAUUAAAGGGAAAAAAAGCUGAGUAAUAUAGUCCAGAGAGACAACAAAUCAGUUCUGACAUAUUGAAGUCAGCGGCAGCUGGUUAUUCAUUUCAACAUGAAGAAUUUCAUUCCACGGUAUAGUUUCUGAUAUUGUGAGGAAGGGUAAAUUAUAAAAUGAAGCAGAAAUUCAGUGUAUUGACCAAUGGAGUUGUUUAAAAACAAUUUUUUUUUUUUUUGGUCACUUAAUGAUUUCUAAUGUAAAUCUGUAAUGAUUUUGUAAUUAAGUGGUAAAAAAUAGCACUAUGUACUUCUGAGAAGUAUUCAUUCAGAGAUCCGUUUUAGUAUCCAUUCAAUGCCAAAUGAAAUAUGCUGACUCUAAAGGGUUUGUGCAUUGAAUCCUUACAGAACGAUUUCAAAUACAAAAUUAUUAUAGUCAAUAUACAGUAUACAGUUAUCAUGCUGAAUGCAUUUGUUUGGAAUGUUUCUAAGCUAGUAUGAAUUAAAUCUAUUUUUAAAACUAGGUAUUUAUAAUACGUUGUUAUGCAACUGUGAUCUCAGAAAGGCUAUUACAUACUUACAAAGAGGGUACACUUGUAAAAUUAUUUCUUCUGUGGUGUGAAGAGAUCUCCUUAAACAGAAGUCUUAACUAAUUUUGAUAAAAUAACUAAGGUGUUAGGUAUCCACUAAAGAAGAAAAAGUGUUCUGCAGAAGGAAUUAAAUUACUGCAGAAAUACUUGUUCUUAGAAACAACCCUGUAUGGGCUAAUCUGAUUUUAUUACCCAAGAAUAAAAAAAAUUGAAACAUCAGAACAAAAUCUUAUGUCCCCCUUUGUAUUCUAUAUUGUAGAAAACUAUCCUGGAUAAUAAACUGAGGUAUUAAUUUAAGUUGUAAUAUAAACAGUAUUAUGGCUCUUGUAUACUUUGUUUCUUUUGUGCUUUAUGUAAUAUACAAUUCUUCAUAUUAAGCUCAUUCAGUGUAAUCAUACAGUGCUAUUUCUGAGGUACAGAGUUUUUUACAUUUAUGCUAUUAUUUGGUAUUUUAAUUUACUGAUUUUGGGCCAAAUAACAAAAAAAAAAAAAACCUUGUUUCCAAUAAGUUCAAAGUUUGACACAAGGUUGGUAUA